AGUAUAUUUCUCUCAAUCUCUCUUCAUUCACCACUAAGCAUUUGCAAGCUAGCUACCUACUAUUUUAUACUCUUCCUAUCUUUCUGUCCCAUACAGAGUCAUACACACACACACUUCACCAUAUUUCAAAUAUUUAUUAUAUUAUAUAGUAUUGUUAAUUUGAUUUCUUAAAGCGGUGGAACUGGCAACAACUGUAUCUCAUCUCAACAAACACUCCCUUUCACCAUAACACUACCACACCACUAUCCAUUAUUCAAUACAAAUUCAACAUUAUUUGACUAUUAUAUACUAUUCAAAGUUUUGAUCUUUAUGCUUCUUGGAUCACUGUUCUGAAUCUUUUAAUGUCUUCAUAAUAAUAAAAAGGUAGAUGAUGCAAGGAAGCUUGAGAAAUGCAAGUAAAGGUGGAAAAUCUUCAAGCAUAGAUAGAAAGCUGGCAUUGCAACAAGAUGUAGAUAGGUUGAAGAAGAAGCUUAAGCAUGAGGAGAAUAUUCAUAGGGCAUUGGAGAGAGCUUUUAAUAGACCUUUAGGAGCUUUACCUCGUCUUCCUCCUUAUCUACCUCCAUAUAUACUAACACUUCUGGCUGAAGUGGCCGUUUUGGAAGAGGAAAUUGUUAGGCUUGAAGAGAAAGUUGUGUAUAUCAGGCAGGAUUUGUAUCAGGAAGCUGUCUACAUAUCAUCUUCUAAGCCUAAAUCGGAGCAUUCGCCUCUUCCGAACAAUUCAAACAUAUCAGUAACAACAAUGGACAGUCCUAAAUUGGAUAAAUUGAAGUCUCUUUCACAAACAGUUGAUAAUCCAGCUGCAACAUCUACAACUAGGCCUACCAUACCACUCCAAGAGAAUAGACAAGGAAAAGAGAAUAAAUCCUGUACUAAUUCUUUCAAGAAAAGGCUGCAACCCUCCAAACAAAUGAGUAAAACUCCAAUAAAAAAUCUUCAUGUUGACAAUAAGUCAUUGCAUAAAAGGGCGCAUUCUCCGAGAAGGAAGAAAGAACCAAGGGUAAAAGCUCCCCAAAUGGCAGAACUAAGACAUCCUAGUCCACACCAAAUGUUACCAGAAGCUGACUGUCCAAAUGUGAUUUCUGAAAAUAUUCUAAAGUGCUUAUCAAGUAUUCUCUUGAGAAUAAGUGCUGUGAAGAAUCCAGGUUCUGCAUGCGACAUAUCAUCACCCUUAUGGACUCAAAAGCCUCAAAACCAUGUUGAAGGACCAGAGUUUUGGGAUCCGUACGGUAUCUGUCUAGAAUUUGGAAAGAGGGAUAUUGGUCCCUACAAGCAUUUAUGUGCAAUUGAUGCUAAAUCUUUCAAUGCAAAACGAACCACAAGCACUUUGUUUUUACUGCACCGGUUGAAACUUCUGUUUAGGAAGCUAGCUUCUGUCAACUUGGAGAACCUCAACCAUCAAGAGAAGCUUGCAUUUUGGAUCAACACCUAUAACUCGUGUAUGAUGAAUGCAUUCGUAGAGAAUGGCAUACCGGAGAGUCCUGACAUGGCUGUGGCAAUGAUGCGGAAGGCAAAAAUAAAUGUAGGCGGACACAUACUAAGUGCAACAACCAUAGAGCAUUUCAUUUUAAGACUCCCUUAUCACUACAAAUUUACAUUUUCCAAGGGAGCGAAAAAUCAUGAAAUGGUAGCAAGAAGCAAAUAUGGACUUGAACUGUCCGAACCCCUAGUGACAUUUGCUCUCUCCUGUGGAACUUGGUCCUCUCCUGCUGUGAGAGUUUACACAGCAUCCCAAGUGGAGAAUGAACUAGAAGCUGCCAAAAGAGAGUACUUACAAGCAACAAUUGGAAUUUCAACAUCCAAGUUUGCUAUUCCAAAGCUUUUGGAUUGGUAUUUACAGAACUUUGCAAAAGACUUGGAAUCAUUGAUGGAUUGGAUUUGCCUUCAAUUACCAAGUGAAUUAGGGAAAGAAGCUAUUAAAUUGCUUGAGAAAAGGAAAACUGAGCCCCUGUCACAAUUUGUACAAAUCAUGCCAUAUGAGUUCAGCUUUAGAUACUUGCUUUGCACAUAAUUUUUCUCUAUAGUUUUUUAGUAUAUUGUUUUAUUGGUGUUGGGGAUGCAAUUUUGUAUAUCAUUCAAAAAAUAAUGUAUAUGGCUCAUUGGGUAGAUAUUUCAUAAGAUUCCUUCUUCACUAUAAUGAAUAAAGUAAGCAUUGCAAUUUGCAUGUUGUUAGAUA